GACCACAGAUUUUAAAAUAGUAACGGAUGCACCUGAUAUUUCCCUCUCGUCUCUUCGUCUUGUUACUAUACACUGCUGAUGCGAAAAUUUUGUCUCCAACAGCUUUCCAUUUUCAAUCACUUUCUCUCUCUAACAACUCUCGCUCUCUCUCUCUUUCUCUCACUGCAGAUUCAAAACCAGUGAUCUUCAAUUUUCAAUUUUCAAAGCUGAAGAAUCGGCUUUGUGUAAGGUUGGUUUUUGAAGUUUCUAGUAUUUAGAUCUAUAAUACAAUGGUUGCGAAAAUACGUAACACUGCUGCUACCGACUCUCCCUCCCCUACGCCAAAACCAGUGGUUGGAGAGAUUGAUACCAGUCCACCUUUUCAGUCUGUUAAAGAUGCAGUGUCUCUAUUUGGUGAAGGUGCUUUCUCAGGGGAAAGACUUAUUUUUAAGAAGCCAAAAGGUUAUUCUUCUGAGAGAGUUUUGGCCAAGGAGACACAACUUCAUGUAUCGCAUAAAGAGCUGAACAAGUUAAAGGAACAAGUAAAGAAUGCUGAAACUACUAAGGCUCAAGCUCUUGUGGAACUUGAAAGGGCUCAAAGAACAGUCCAUGAUUUGACACAAAAGCUGAAACUUAUUACUGAAUCUAGGGAGCUAGCAAUCAAGGCAACGGAAGCUGCAAAAACUCAGGUGAAACAAAAGAACGGCGACUCAGAUGGAAUCAAUGGUGCCUGGAAAGAAGAGUUAGAAACUGCAGUUAAAAGUUAUGCAUCUAUCAUGACAGAACUCAAUGCUGCUAAGCAAGAUCUGAGGAAAACACGCCAGGAAUAUGAUUCAUCCUCUGAUGCAAAAGUAUCGGCUCUCAAACAAAUGGAAGAAGCUGAGAAUGCAAAGAAGGAAAACACUGAAAGAUUAUCUGAGCUGUCGAAAGAAAUUUCAGCUGUAAAGGAGUCAAUUGAGCAAGCAAAGCUUGCAUCCGCAGAAGCGCAGCAACAACAAGCAUUGAUAUUAUCUGAAAAAGAUGCUCUUAAACAAUCAUACAAAGCCACUCUUGAACAGUCCGAAAAUAAAUUACUUGCUUUGAAAAAGGAAUUCAAUCCCGAGCUCUCAAAAAAUCUUGAAGCGCAGUUGGCUGAGACAAUGAGCGAAAUUGCAGCUCUGCAAAAGGAAAUGGAAAACAAAAGGUCUUCCGAUUUGGACUCAGUGAAAACGGUUACUUCAGAGCUUGACGGUGCUAAAGAAUCACUGCAGAAAGUAGUAGACGAGGAAAACUCUCUUAGAACCUUGGUAGAGACUUUGAAGGUGGAACUAGAAAAUGUAAAGAAAGAACAUUCUGAAUUAAAGGAAAAAGAGGCUGAAACCGAAUCCACUGUUGGGAAUCUACACGUCAAACUCCGCAAAAGUAAGUCCGAGCUCGAAGCGGUCUCAGCCGAUGAAUCUAAGGUUAGAGGUGCAUCCGAGGAAAUGAUCUUGACGCUGAGUCAGCUGACAUCCGAAACUGAGGAUGCACGGCGGGAAGCCGAAGAUAUGAAGAACAAGACAGCCGAGUUAAAGAAAGAAGCCGAAGCUACUAAACUUGCAUUGGAAGAAGCAGAGAAAAAGCUUAAAGAAGCAAUAGAAGAAGCAGAAGCAGCAAAAGCGGCUGAAGCUAGUGCUGUCGAGCAGAUUACAGUGCUAACCGAAAGGACUAGUGCUGCACGUGCAUCAACAUCGUCAGAAUCCGGAUCUGUGAUUGCAAUCUCGACGGAGGAGUUUGAGUCACUAAACCGCAAAGUCGAGGAAUCUGAUAAAUUAGCAGACAUGAAAGUGGAUGCUGCCAAAGCACAGGUAGAAGCCGUGAAAGCUAGCGAAAACGAAAUUUUGAAAAAAUUGGAGGCAACUCAGAAGGAGAUUGAUGAUAUGAAAACUGCAACUCAGGAGGCUUUGAAAAGGGCUGAGAUGGCUGAAGCAGCAAAGAGAGCAGUUGAGGGUGAGCUUCGAAGGUGGCGCGAACGGGAUCAGAAAAAAGCGGCCGAAGCUGCAGCUCGGAUAUUGGCCGAAACACAGAUAUCGUUGUCGUCAGAAUCAUCUCCUCAGCAUUAUAGGAUUCAAAAGCAGAAUCUUCCUCCUCCUCAUAAAACAGUGGCAGUGAGGAAGUUGGAAAAAGAGAAGGUUUCGUUUUCGAAGAAAGCUGGGUUGCCUAAUAUUAGUGGUAUCUUUCAGAGGAAGAAAAGUCAUUUAGCUGAGGGUGGGUCUGCUUCUUAUUUGCCUGGUGAGAAUCCUGUAUAGUUUGUUGUGAAGCUCUUGGGAAUGUGAGAAAAAAACAUGUUGAAGAUUUGUGUGUAGUUGAGGAAUUUGAGUAGAUUUUUUGUUAAUGAAGUGUGUUUGAAGGAAAGUAUUGUAUGGUGUUAAUAGUUUGGUGAAAUAUUAUGGGACAUGCUUAUAUGUAAAGGGAACAUGUGGAAAAAUUAAAAUCUUUUGGUAAAAUAUCUAUUUGUAUUUUUUCCUGUUCAUAUUAACCUAUGGGUGAGGAGUAAAUUACCAAUUUGUCC